AUCAUCAAGGCGGUGACCUUAUUAAGUGUUUUUAUUUGCAACUAUUAAGUUUAACCAAGUUCAAAUUUGUGAUGGGGUAUAAAUACACAACCAUUCUAAGUCAGUUAGUAUAGUUCCGAGAAGGUUCAAUAAGAGAAGACAAGAGAAAUAAUGCGCGCCUUUUUGAUUUUAAGUGUCAUCGCAGUUGCGUCUGCAGGACGAUUAGGAUACAACUACCAACCAGGAGUAUCUGGAUCCAAUGAUUUCAUUUCUUCAGGAUCGGGUUUCAACCCCGUAUUGGCCGUUGGAAGUGGACAAGGUUCCAGUUUUGGUUCUGGAAAUUCAGGUUUCGGAAGUGACUUUGGUGGACAAGCCCAAGGAUCUGGUAUUAGGUAUGGCAUAAGCGGUGGAUCUAUCGGAUCAGGUCUUGGAAGUGGGAUUAACUACGGAUCUGGAAUUGGAUCAGGUUUUGGUAGUGGAUUAGGAUCUGCAAUCAACUAUGGGUCAGCUGGUUCGAUUGGAGGUGGAGUCAGUUAUCAACCUGUUACCAACCGUGUCAUUGACGGUGGACUCAGCAAGGAAUACUUUAUUUUUUCUGCUCCAGAGGAACAAGCCCAACAAGGUUACAACACCCAAAGUAUAACCACAUUAUUGAAAAAGAAUCUUCGUGUUAUCUUCAUCAAGGCUCCAGAGAACAACGGAAUCCACAAUGCUGCUCUCCAAAUAGCCAAACAAGCAACUGAAGACAGAACUGCUAUCUAUGUCCUUAGCAAGGAACCUGAUGUAUCAGAAAUUGCCAACCAAGUCCAACAAAUUAGUGAAAAUGUUCGUGCUAAGCCAGAGGUCCGAUUCAUUAAGUACAGGACACCUCAAGAUGCUCUCAAUGCCCAACUUAGCAUUCAGCAACAGUAUGACGCCUUGGGUGGAUCUUCACAGAGUUCCAAUGAAGGUGUUGCCCCCGUUUUAAACUUUGCUUCUCCCGCCAUCACCACUCACCAUGACCACGCCAUCGGAAGUGGUUCCAGUUUGAUUCCAUCGGGUUCAUCAAUCAGCUCUUCCAUAUCUAGUUCUCCAGCUGUUGCUAACAUUGGUUCUUCAUCAGAACAAAGUUCACAAAGUAUUGACUUGGGAAAUAUUGGAUCGUCUUCUAAUAAUGCUGCUAUUAAGUCAAGCCAUGAAUACCUACCCCCAGCUGUGAAGAAAUGAGUUUAACCCUAUUAUAAUUACGAGUAUUUAUUUUGACUGAACUUUAUUGUUGAUUUUUGUUUUCUACGAAUAUACACUACCAUAUUAUGAUAA